GGCAGCUGGCCUCUCAGUCUGUCAUGGCCAAGAUAGCCAGUUCAGAUUAUGCAAGCACUAUUAUGACAUCGAUGUGACUGUAGCAUACCACACAAUCAGCUGCUGACCAGGCAUCACACAAGUAGUGAGGAAGAAAAUGUCCAAUCAAACCACUGUGACUGAGUUCCUUCUCCUGGGAUUCUCUGACAUUUGGGAGCUGCAGAUUUUACAUUUUGUGGUGUUCCUGGUGAUUUACAUUGUGGCCCUGGUGGGGAAUCUUCUCAUCAUCACAGCCAUAGCCCUCGACCACCAUCUUCAUACCCCCAUGUACUUCUUCCUAGUGAACCUGUCCAUCCUAGACCUCGGCUCCAUCUCUGUCACCAUCCCCAAAUCCAUGGCCAAUUCCCUCAUGAACACCAGGUCGAUUUCUUAUUCUGGAUGCGUCACACAAGUCUUUCUCUUUAUCUUCUUUAUUUCAGCGGAUUAUGCAUUAUUGACUGUCAUGGCAUAUGACCGACACGUCGCCAUCUGUCAACCACUGCACUAUGAGAGAGUGAUGAACAGGACGGCAUGUGUCCAAAUGGCAGCAGGGAUGCUGCCGUCGUGUGAGAUCCAGUGCAGGCCAUGUUCCUCCUCUUUGGGGAUAGGGUUAACUAGGACAGGUUGUCAGAGUGGUGUACUCCAGAGGUGAGAUCAGAGCUGGCCUCAAAGCCUCGGAGAGCAGAUUCGGCUAUGGACAUGUGGGAAAUGAUGGGAUUGAGUCCAUUCUCUUAAAAUUAAAUGUUCAUCUUUCUCCUUUGAAUCUGUGUUUCUUUAUAAAUAUGAUCAACUGAUGUCAUUAUUCGCUCCAUGAGAAUAUAGCACACAAUCUACUUACGAACACUGGGGUA